GCCAGAUACUAGAAAAGUAGAAAGCUCUCUCCUUAAAUCGGUAAUCACCAAAUUGGCCGUUCGCCGGUGCCGGAUUUCUCCUACCUCAGUUCUAAUCACAAACAUAUAGGAUUCAAGUUAUCUUUAUAGCAUAAAGAAGAGUCUAAUAAAGAAACAUGCCUGCACAAAAGAUUGAAACAGGUCACACCGACAUUGUCCAUGAUGUGUGCAUGGAUUAUUAUGGAAAGCGAGUGGCAUCUGCAUCCUCAGAUGCCACCAUCAAAAUAAUUGGUGUUAGCAACAACUCUACUUCCCAGCACCUCACCACUUUGAGUGGUCACAACGGUCCAGUAUGGCAGGUUGCUUGGGCUCACCCCAAAUUCGGGUCACUGCUAGCUUCUUGUUCUUAUGAUGCAACGGUAAUUGUUUGGAAGGAAGGUAAUCCAAACGAGUGGACCCAACUCCAUACUUUUAGUGACCAUAAGUCUUCAGUCAACUCCAUCGCCUGGGCCCCACAUGAGCUUGGUCUCUGCUUGGCUUGUGGCUCAUCUGAUGGGAACAUCACAGUUCAUACUCUCAGGCCAGAUGGUGGAUGGGACACCACACGAAUCGACCAGGCUCACCCUGUUGGAGUGACUUCUGUUUCAUGGGCUCCAUCAAUGGCUCCCGGGGCUCUGGUUGGAUCUGGUCCUUUUGAACCUGUACAAAAGCUGGCUUCUGGUGGGUGUGAUAAUACCGUGAAGGUAUGGAAGCUAUCUAAUGGGAUAUGGAAAAUGGACUGUUUUCCCGCCUUACAAAUGCAUACCGAUUGGGUCCGUUCUGUCGCAUGGGCCCCGAACUUGGGACUUCCAAAAUCAACAAUUGCAAGUGCUUCUGAGGAUGGUACGGUUGUGAUAUGGACUGUCGGGAAAGAAGGCGAUAAUUGGAAUGGUAAGGUGUUGUGUGAUUUCGAGAUCCCAGUUUGGAGGGUAUCUUGGUCUUUAACGGGAAAUCUUUUGGCGGUGGCUGCUGGCGACAACAAUGUCACUUUGUGGAAAGAAGCUGUUGAUGGAGAAUGGCAACAGGUGACUACCGUCAAUUAGAUUGUCUUCAGGUUUUACCCUUUUGUUUCCAUAUCAUGUUUUAUGUUAGAGUGGUCCUUUUAGAUUUUAUUUUAAUUUGAACCAUUUGAAAUUCAGUUUCAACGAGAUGUUACUACCUGAAGAAUAUAUAUUAAACUUUUUCAGAGUCCUUACUUGUAUUACUAUUAUCAAUCAGUUUGAAUAGAAGGUUUGAAGCUUAAAGUUUUUACA